AUGACAUCCCUCCUCGACAUCACCGUCCUCUACACAUUGCUCGACACGAUCAUUCCCAAACCCCUCUCCUCUUCAAGCCAAACAGGGGUCCCUUCGAUCGUCGUCACCAAGGCCUCGUCCCAAAGGCAAGGGUCGAGUACACCUGUGUGCGUUCGACCCAUGUUCACUUCGAACCAGAGGCCGUUUUCCAGCAAUCCAAAGUUGUACAUCUAG